AUGGCGGUCUCUCUGAGACUUUUCGCGCUCUGUUUAUUGCUGGGUUUUAUGGUUUUCGUUUCCGUCAAUGCCGUUUCAAGCGUAGAAGAGAAAAAUGUGUUGCAGAGCUUAAUAGACAACUCAACAAUGGCGGACAGGAGAAAUGAAGACAUUGCUAUUGAAAAGAAUGACAGUGCUGUUGACGAGGAUCCAGAAAGGGUUGCUUCCAUGGUUGACAUGAACAUUCGCAAUAGCACAGAAAGAAGGAAAUUAGGAUUUUUGUCAUGUGGCACGGGGAACCCAAUCGACGAUUGCUGGCGUUGCGAUAGGAACUGGCAGCGCCACCGCAAGCGCCUUGCAGAUUGCGCGAUCGGGUUCGGUCGCAAUGCUAUUGGUGGCCGGGAUGGACGGUACUAUGUUGUUACUGACCCCAACGACGACAACCCUGUACACCCACGACCAGGAACUCUACGACAUGCCGUCAUCCAAGAUCAACCUCUAUGGAUCAUCUUCAAAAGAGACAUGGUUAUCACCCUAAAACAAGAACUAAUCAUGAACAGUUUCAAAACAAUCGAUGCUCGUGGAGUCAACGUUCAUAUCGCAAACGGCGGUUGCAUCACGAUCCAAUACAUAACCAAUGUUAUCAUCCAUGGUCUGCAUAUUCAUGACUGCAAACCAACCGGAAAUGCCAUGGUUCGGAGCUCACCAUCGCACUACGGUUGGAGAACAAUGGCGGAUGGUGAUGGGAUUUCAAUCUUUGGGUCAAGCCAUAUCUGGGUCGACCAUAAUUCACUUUCAAACUGUGCUGAUGGCUUGGUUGAUGCGAUCAUGGGAUCAACCGCUAUCACCAUCUCCAACAAUUAUUUCACCCACCAUAAUGAGGUUAUGUUACUUGGUCACAGCGACACGUACGAUAGGGACAAGAUUAUGCAAGUGACUAUAGCAUACAACCAUUUCGGGGAAGGUCUUGUUCAAAGAAUGCCAAGGUGUAGGCAUGGAUAUUUCCAUGUUGUAAAUAAUGACUACACACACUGGGAAAUGUAUGCUAUUGGUGGGAGUGCAGAUCCUACAAUUAAUAGCCAAGGCAACAGAUACCUUGCCCCUGUUAAUCCUAAUGCUAAAGAGGUGACUCAUAGAGUGCAGACAACAGGAAGAUGGAGACAUUGGAAUUGGAGGUCAGAAGGAGACCUAAUGUUAAACGGAGCCUUCUUCGUACCAUCUGGAACGGGUGCCGGAGCCAGUUACGCAAGAGCAUCGAGCCUAAGUGCCAAACCGUCGUCCGUCGUCGCCUCUCUUACUUCCGGAUCCGGUGCACUCGUUUGCCGACGAGGCCGCCAGUGUUAAAUAAAUAAAUAAAUAAAAAUCAUCAUCAUCAUCAUUCUCCUCAUUAAUUUUUGAGAAAUCUCAGUUUUCCUUCUCUUUUUUCAAACAUUAAUUUUCACUUUGGUUGGUUUAAUGAACGAAAUACUCGAGAAAGUGUACAUUUUUCUCUAUUUCGUUCACGCGUUAUUCCAUACAUGGUUCCGAUAUUUCAAAUAUCUGAACCCCGAAAAAGGUCGGGUAUGGAUCGGAUCGGAUCGAACCGAGCAUUUCUCAUGCUAUGUAAUUACUGUUUUCUUGCAGUUCUGAUUGACUUGUAAAUUUCGGUAGUUGUUUACAAGAAAUUCUCUUAAUAUAUAGAGACCAAGUGAACAGC